UGAGAGCUUGAAAUCCACCAUAGUGGGAGUAUUUACCAUUUAGCACCCUUCAGUAGUGGAGGCUGUUCAUCAUCUCUCAUCCCUAUGUCUAGGAAUAGAGGAAAGAAAGGGAACGGGACACUUUUGUCUCCUUUUGCCUCUUCCAACCAUUGCUACUCUGAUUUUCAAUUAUCCUCCCUUUUUUUUUUUGACACUCCCAGUAUGUUGCCCAAACCUCCUUUGCCUGACCACUGAGUAGAUUUACUGCUGAUUUACCCAAAUGAGAGCUUCGGUAUCUCCCUCCCAUGCCUUUCAUCCACUCCAAGGCCCAUCGACCCACAGGGAUGAUCCAUGAAGCACUGCAGUCUCACAAUCUUGUGACUUUAUCAACUUCAGGGACAUGUCACCUCUGCUCCACUUCAGACAUGCACAACAACAGCCACAUCUUGGAUGACAAAGCCAACUUUGGAAUAGCUGCAUCUUUGAAAUGUGAUUAUGAUGACACCUCUUCUGCAGGAUUGAGGGAGUUGAACUUGUCAAAUUAGUGUCUACAGUGAUAUGUAUGAAGCAAAGGGAAGAAGAAUUCUUGCUAACUAUCAGACCUUUUGCAAACAGGAUGCAGGUAGUGACCUUCAGUUUAUAAGAAGAAAAGAGUUUUGAGGGAUGAGAAAGUGAAGCACUAAAAGGUGAAGGCACUGGCUAAAAGUCACUUACCUAAUAAGAGUUAAUGCUGGAAAUCCCCUUGCUACAUUCCCAUUGUGAGCAGUGCCACCCUGUGGGAUAGAAGCACACCCCAUGCAAAGAACAUCCCUUGUUACGAAAGAACUUCAGUGACCUGCUCCAGAUUCAUUAAUCACAUGAAGAAUUUCUCUGAAUCUCCUAAAUUUCGUAGUCUACACUGUCUAAAUUUUCCAGUGUUUCCAGAAAGGACUCAAAGUUCAGUGGCGUGUAAAAGACUACUUUGUACUUGCCAGUACAUAGUCCCCAGGUCUUCUGUAAGCACAGCUUCUUUGGAUGAAAAAAGCUGUGAAGAAGCCCAUUCCUCUCCAGCACCAUCUGGUGAAACUGAUGAGGCCCCAUUGAUUUUCACUGCCAGUGGAGAAACUGAGGAGAGAGCCAGAGGAGCACCCAAGCAGGCUUGGAACAGUUCAUUUUUGGAACAACUGGUACAAAAGCCUAGUUGGGCACACUCAGUAAAUCCUGUUCACCUGGAGGCUCAGGGCAUACACAUCAAUAGACACACAAGACCUAAGGCCCAGCCCUUGAGCAAUCCCAAGAAAAAUUCUGGUUCCACCGCCAGACCUUUCACUGCCAUCGGCCUCUGCAGGAGGAGCCAGACCCCCUGCGCCCUGCAGAGCGCCGGCCCGAGUAACGCAGAGCUGGAGCCGAAGGAGAGGAUGGCAGCCCCAGCAGGCUCUCAGGCACACCCCGACAUCCAAAGCAGACUCCUGGGCGCGUCCGGAAAUCCCGUCGGAAGAGGCGCGGUUGCCAUGGCGCCGGAGAUGCUCCCCAAGCAUCCUCAUCCCCCGCGGGGCAGGAGGCCUCGGGCGGACACCUCCCUCCAUGGCAAUCUGGCAGGAGCGCCCCUUCCUCUGCUGGCCGGUGCUUCCACCCAUUUCCCCUCCAAGAGGUUAAUAAAGGUUUGCUCCUCAGCACCCCCCCGCCCAACCCGGCGUUUCCAUACGGUUUGUUCACAGGCCCUUUCUAGGCCGGUGGUGAAUGCUCACUUACAUUGACCGCUGCGAGGGAAUUGUUCGGCGAGUGCUGCCCAUCUUCAAAUCAAUGCCUGCUCAGAACAACAGAAAGGGCCUCAGAUGUACUGGUUUCCACAGAACCAUUGUUAGGCUUUUGUGAAGCAUUUUUGAACCUAAUAAAUAAUGUCAAAAGUC